AUGGCUUCAUCAAGAAUUUUCAUCAAGGGAUUGCCUCCCAACAUCUCAGAGGCUGAUUUUCGGAAACACUUCUCCGCCCAGGGUCGUGAGAUUACUGAUGUCAAGCUGAUUCCCCAGCGACGCAUUGGCUAUGUGGGCUACAAGACAUCCGAAGAUGCCUCCAAGGCAGUCAAGUACUUCAACAGGUCUUACAUUCGUAUGUCCAAGAUCGCCGUCGAGACAGCCAGACCCAUCUCAGACCCCGCCCUCAACAGAGCCCAGAGCGCCGCGCAUUCCAAACCUGCAUCGCAACCAUCCACCACGAUCAAGGGCAAGGAACAGUCGGCUGAGAAAGACUCUGACUCGACCUUGAGGAAGCGCAAGCGAGAUGAGCCCCAAGCUGCUGCGGACCACAAGCUACGCGAAUUCCUUCAUGUAAUGAAGGAAGGUAGGGAGGGCGCCGUCGAUGAUGGUGUCCACGGUGGACUCGGCGAUGGAGUAGCUGCUGUAGCUGCCAACGCCGUUCCUGAAGAAGAGAGUGAUGAUGAGUACGAGCAAAUACCUGCUCGGAAGGAGAAGCAGCGCAGAAUCGAACCUCCAGCGAAGCCUCUUGUUUCUGAGACGUUGCCUUCGUAUCUUAAAGAAGAAAAGCCGGUCUCUGAUAUGCAGGAUAAAGCUCCUGCAGCUGACGAACCGGUGGAGUCUGCAGAUGCGGCAAAGCCCAACCCAGAAAAGCAGGAGGUUGUUGCCGAGGAUGACGAUUGGCUUCGUUCACGCACAAACAGACUGCUGGACCUUGUUGAUCCCGAUGAUCUGGAACGAACACCUGUGCAAGGGCCUUCAGUAAUCGAGACCGAUCAUGCACAGGGAGGCGAUGCAAUGGAAAUCACCCCAGCCGACCCGCCAACCGCGCAUGACGUGGAGGUGGUUGAACCUGCGCCUGUGGCAACAGGGGGUGAACCGGCAGAGGACGACUUGCUUGAGGCGAUCCGUCGAACAUCUCGACUUUUUGUCCGAAAUUUGCCCUACAGCGCCACCGAGGAUGAUCUUCGGGAGCGCUUUGAGCAGUUUGGAACUGUUGAAGAGGUUCAUCUGCCCGUCAACAAGUCAGGUACCAGCAAGGGGUUUGCCCUGAUCUUGUUUACUGAGCCUUCGGGAGCGGUUGAAGCAUUCCAAGCCAUGGACCGGGCGACGUUUCAGGGGCGUAUUAUUCACAUCAUUCCUGCCAGUGCUAGGAGAGACACUGCUUUGGACGAGUUUACACUCUCCAAACUGCCUCUCAAGAAACAAAACAUGAUCCGCAAGAAACAGGAGGCAUCCACAAAUACCUUCAACUGGAAUGCGCUGUAUAUGAGCCAGGAUGCCGUCAAUGCAUCAGUUGCCAACCGUCUUGGUGUUUCAAAAUCAGAACUCCUCGACCCUACCUCAGCUGAUGCUGCUGUAAAGCAGGCCAUCGCGGAGACAAGCGUCAUUCAAGAGACCAAAUCCUAUUUUACCGCUAAUGGGGUGGACCUUGAGGCUUUCAAAUCAAAGAAGCGGGGUGACACGGCCAUUUUGGUCAAGAACUUUCCCUAUGGUACUACGAUCGACGAGCUCCGUAAGCUUUUCGAGGAGUCCGGGCCUGUGCUGAGAGUUUUGAUGCCCCCAAGCGGGACAAUUGCUAUUGUCCAGUUCUCCCAGCCUAAUUACGCCAAGUCCGCUUUUGGGAAUUUGGCAUAUCGCCGGAUUGGCGAUAGCGUUCUCUUUUUGGAAAAGGCGCCAAGUGAUAUCUUCACAGGCGGCGACCAACUAGGCCAAGCCGUGUCGCUAAAAGAUCGACAGGCUCCGACGGUCCAAAACCUUAGUGUGAACGACUUGCUGUCACGCGGUGAUAAGCCGGAGGAGGAGUUGGAAACAACUUCACUGUUUGUGCGAAACUUAAAUUUCUCCACUACCACAUCUCGGCUUGCAGAAACUUUCCAGUCCCUCGACGGAUUCGUCUCGGCCAGGGUCAAGACUAAGAUGGACCCGAAGAAACCAGGGCAGACACUUAGCAUGGGCUUUGGUUUUGUGGAGUUUAGGACCAAGGGUCAAGCGCAGGCUGCUCUCAAGGUCAUGGAUGGUCAUGUCCUUGAAGAUCACACACUCGCUGUGAAGGCAUCGCACAAGGGUCUCGAUGCUGCUGAGGAGAGACGUCGUGAGGACAAGGCCAAGAAGUCCGCUGGGCAACGUACCAAGAUCAUCAUCAAGAACUUGCCUUUCCAGACGACCAAGAAAGACAUCAGGUCUCUCUUUGGAACCUAUGGUCAGCUCAGGUCGGUACGCCUUCCUAAGAAGGCUGACUACACCCCUCGGGGUUUUGCUUUUGCAGACUUUGUCACUCCCCGCGAAGCCGAGAACGCGCUAAAUUCGCUGAGGGACACCCACUUGCUGGGUCGCAAGCUUGUCUUGGACUUUGCUGAGGCAGACGCAGUUGAUGCCGAGGAGGAGAUUGCAAAGAUGCAGAAGAAGGUUGGAGGACAAGUCAACAAGGUGGCCCUCCAGCAAUUGACUGGUAAGGGAAGGAGCAGGGUCAAUAUUGGCAAUGAAGACGAGGAGAUGGACGGUUGA